UUCUGUAUCCGUCCGUCACAUUUUAAUUAUUAACUGUUGUGUGUUCUGGUGGACCAGUAGUUUACGAGUCACGUGACAACGUGACGCGAUUCAAACACGGAAGUAAUCUUGUGGCAGCUUCAACUGGGUAAACUGCCUAUGGGUAAACCUCUUUCACUAUCAGUAAAUUUAGAAAUGACCAUGCAUAUAAUGCAUUUGUAAUGUAUCUGGUUGUAUCCCUAUGUCUAGUAUAGAGCCCAAAGAGAUCUCAUUAAGCAUGGCUGAACACGGAAAUAAAAUACUGCAAAGGUCGACCAGGAAAAAGCUGAAAAAGUUUCACGAAAGAAGAGGUAAAGAGGUGAAGUCUGGAGAAUUCUGGGACCUUGUCGUUCUCACAGCUGUAGACGAACAUCAGAGAGUUGCUUACGAGCUUCAGAUCAAAGAGAAACUCUGCAGAAAAGAGCUACCACUUGGCGUUCCAUAUCACGUGUUUGCAGAUCCACCUGGCUGUAAAAUAGGAAAUGGAGGCUCAACUCUUUAUGCACUACAACACCUUGAGAAAAUAUAUGGCAAGGCGUUAUCUUCAUUCAGAGUGAUCCUGAUUCAUGCAGGUGGAUUCAGCCAGCGUUUGCCAAACGCUAGUGCAUUGGGAAAGAUUUUCACUGCCCUGCCAUGUGGAGAACCUCUGUAUCAGAUGUUAGAGAUCAAGCUGGCUCUAUACGUUGACUUCCCUGUCCACAUGAAGCCAGGUGUGUUAGUAACGUGUGCAGAUGACAUUGAACUGUACAGCAUCGCAGAAGGGGAGAGCAUCAAGUUCAACAGGUCAGGUUUCACAGCUUUGGCCCACCCAUCUUCACUCACCAUUGGUACGACCCAUGGGGUGUUCGUGUUGGAUUCAGGGGAAAACUGUGGCGUCUCUGAGAUGGAAUAUACAUCCUGUCAGCAGUUUUUGCACAAGCCAAGUGUAGAUAAAAUGUAUAAAACAGGUGCAGUUUGCAAGAGACAGGACAGCUGUGAGUCUAUAUGUGAUGCAGAAUUUGUAUACACAGACAGCACAUACUACAUGGACUACUCUACUUCAGAGAGUCUGCUGAACAUGCUCAAAGAAGUUGAGCCAUUAACUUGUGAGGUUGAUGCGUACGGGGACUUUCUUCAGGCUCUGGGGCCUGGAGCCACCGUGGAGUACACUACCAACAUCGCCAACGUAACCAAAAAGGAAAGCAGUCUGGUGGACAUCCGGCAGAAGAUAUUCCACCGACUGAAAGGCACCCCUCUUAAUGUCAUCCUGCUCAACAACUCAAAAUUCUAUCACAUUGGUACCACCGAGGAGUACCUCUUCCACCUGACUGAGGAUCCUACUCUCAGAGAGGAACUAGGCCUUUUGCCUGUCGCCUUCAGCGUCUGUGACUGCAAAAAAGACCUGGGGUCCUCCGUGGCGUGUGUUAUGCACAGUGUUUUGCACCCCAGUGCGGUAGUGUCCGCAGGAUCAGUAGUGGAGUACUCCAAGCUCAGCGCAGAUGUUACAGUGGGUGAAAGGUCGAUCGUCAGUGGGUGCUUGCUUGAUGCUGGACAGUCAGUUCCAUGCCAGACCUUUAUGCACUCUCUGUCCGUCAACCUAAACAAGAGCAUUGGCUUUGUGACAGUCGCUUUUAGCAUAAAGGACAACCUCAAGCACAGUGUGUCCAGUCCUGCGCAAGCAACAGCCCUGAAGUAUUUCGGUAAAAGCUUGGUGGAGUGCGCCGCGUGCUGGGGCCUGCCUCCGGAGAGCCUGUGUUUCUCUGGAGACAAAUCCGCGUGCAGCUUGUGGAAUGCCUGCAUCUUCCCGGUGUGUCCUGACCUGAGGAGUUCAGUCUCCACGAGCCUGCAGAUGGUUGAGGCUCCGCAGGGAAGCUCCGUGAUCACUGCACUCAAGGACCUCAGGCUUGUCUCACUGCAGGAGGCCCUGCAGAACAAAAACUUGGAGGAGAUGCUGAGGUUCAGAAGGGGCCUCUAUGAGGACAUUUUGAAGGAGAAGUAACAUCCAACCAUUUAUGUUUAAUGAUGUUAUGUAACAACAUAUACAUAACAACAUUUCGGAAAUUAAGGGAAACGGAUUUAUGGACCACAGCCAAUAUUUUUGUAUAGAGAUUGUAUAGAGAGGACAUAGAACUGUUGCAUUUUUUCAUUUUGAAUGUAAUUUAUUUAGCAAAUGCCUUUAUCCAAAGUGACUGAAAUGAAAGGUAGUUCAUACUUUUUAUUAGUUUUUGUGACCCUAGGUUUUGUUUUGGGCUGGUGUGAAAACAUACUGGAUAUGAAAUGGUUAAACAUUUAGUUAAAUAAUAAUAGGGUCAUAUAUUUAAUUUGGUUUGUGUCUUAACAAAUGAUCGUGGUGUUUGUGUUUGAUUGCUGACGGGGAGUAAAUUAACGUCUAAAUAAUUUAUAA